GGGGUUGGGGUGCCCGCUGAGGGGGGGGGAGAAGGCGAGGCGGUGCGCCCAUAGCCGCAUGUUGUGGAGGAGUCGCUCGCGACACAUAUAAAUGUACAGAUACGACGAGGCUGUGUGAGAGGACAAGGGGAAGGAGGCGAGAGAAGUUGACCUGAGUGGAGAGUACCCUGCCUUCGCGCGACGUGACAUUGCAGCAAAUAUUGACGACGAGAACAUGUUUAUCUGAGACGGCGACAUGCGAUGCUCCGUGUCAAGCAGCGCGCUGCUGCGCUUAUCGACGCUCACACUGACGACGGCGCAUUGCCCGUGAGAGCGCCGAGCACGACGUCAAGGAAUGAUGACGGUACGCACUCCUUUCCUCCAUCACCAUGCUCCCCUACGCCCUGCUACGACGCGACACCUGGCUCGUCGUCUGACACCGUCGCCGUUGCGCCGCGCAUGCGCCCUACACGCAACUCACAAGCCUGGGAGACGGGGGGAAGCGUGCUCUGCACGACAGCGAGGAUGGCAAGGUUGUGGGGCGAGGAAUCGGGGCUAUCGUUGGCGAUGCCGAAUGAGCCUGGGCACAGAUAUCACAGUCAGUUUCGGUGAUUUCUGAACCACCGAAGUCAUGCGCUGACCCCUCCGACGACCUUACCAAGGUACCCAAACCUUUGCAAACCCGCUGCGAGGGGUUAUCAAAGCGAUUCUCUCUCAUCCCCGACGUCGGAAUACGCGAUAUUUUCGUAGACUCCGAGCCGCCGGAGGCACGCGCGGUGUCCAUAGGCGAG